AUGAGAGACAGAUAUUUCACUUAUAUUACGGGGGAGUGUUAUGUAGACCUCCCUAAAGAAAUCACAGACACACAUGAGGGUGAAUGUCAUAACUAUUCGCCGGAAAUUCGGUAUCUAUUAUAUUGCUUAUUGUUUUCUGAGAAAUAUCAGCUGAAUCUGAAUGAACAAUCAUGCAGGGAUACAAGAUACAACAUCAGAGACAGAUAUUUCCCUGAUCUUUCUAAUGACAGUUCAGUAGAUCUUCCUGAUGGAAUCACAGAAACACGUGACGGUGUGAUAACGUUUAUAUCAGACGACAUCCGACAUGACGUCAUGUACGCCUUUGUUACGGAGUGUCUGUUGGAGGACAGUGACCUGGAGUUUUUCCUGACCACAGCGUCACGUGACGUGAUCUCAGAAUACUGCCGGUCCUGGGAUUAUGAGAGGAGUGAGGGAGAGAGAUGUUUGUAUAUACCGGAGAGACCAAAGAAGAUGUACGACCUCUUUUUAGACAAACUACAGCUGGACAUCAUCACACACUGUACCGUGUCUGACAAAAGGAUUAAGUUCAAGAUCAGUGAACGUUUGGGAGUCCCUACAGAAGUACUAGAGUGGGACCAGGAGGCCAGAGAGCGGUAUGUGGAGUACGCUAAGACAGGAACACGGACAGUCCACCACGCCCGGGGGAUGAUUGUAGGAUGUGCUGGGGCGGGGAAAACCACGCUACUUAAACGUCUGCUCAGGUGUCGUGAAGAAGAGAUAAUGGAAGUUAAGUCUACUGAGGGAUUGGAGGUGCAUGAGGAAAUAUUUGAAUUAUGUGAUGAAGCAAAGUCUUUGAAAGGUAAUAUAUAA